AGCGGAAACGACGAGGCACGAAGCUAGCAGGCAAAACAGCCUCCUGAGGUUAGCUGUCCACAAGCCGAGUGGCGGGGUCUCGUAUUUAUUUAUUUCCACCGAGAGGGGAAGUCCCGUUAGACAACACAUUGAUGUCAUUCUGUGGAACACAAAACGGCGGCCGCCGCAGUAAGUGGGACCAGCCCGGCCCGGGCUUGGGCAACUCUGGAGGGAUGGGGGAGGCUGAGGCUGCACCCACCGGGGCUCUGGAUGCUGCAGCCGCCGUGGCUGCCAAGAUUAAUGCCAUGUUGGUAGCGAAGGGCAAACUCAAACCAUCGCAGAUCGGAACCCCGGGACCUCCUGUCAAGGCUGUGGGUGUUGGGAAGCCCCAAGCGCCAUCAAAAGCCAAAGAUGACCUGGUGGUGGCCGAGGUUGAGAUCAACGACGUCCCGAUCACCUGUCGCAAUCUCCUGACACGUGGGCAAACCCAGGAUGAGAUCAGCAAAGUUAGCGGUGCUGCGGUUUCAACCAGAGGGCGUUACAUGACGGCAGAGGAGAAAGGCAAAGCUCUACCAGGAGAUCGACCUCUGUAUCUUCAUGUCCAAGGACAGACUAGAGAGCUUGUCGACAGGGCAGUUAAUAGAAUCAAGGAAAUAAUCACCAACGGCGUGGUCAAGGCUGCGACUGCCUCAUCAUCAUCUUCGUCCUUCUCUCCCAGUGGAACUUCAGUCACAGUUUACCAGCAGCACAACCCACCUCCACCCUCGCUGCCCCCCAUUACCCACCAUAAGCCACACUUUCAGUCUGGGAUGCAUUAUGUUCAAGAUAAAGUCUUUGUGGGACUGGAGCACGCGAUCCCAGGGUUUGUGGUCAAAGAGCGAGUCGAGGGCCCCGGCUGUUCGUACCUGCAGCACAUUCAGGCCGAGACCGGAGCCAAAGUCUUCCUAAGAGGAAAAGGAUCGGGUUGUUUAGAGCCUGCCUCCGGGCGAGAGGCCUUUGAACCAAUGUACAUCUACAUCAGUCACCCUAAACCAGAAGGACUCGCAGCAGCAAAAAUCUUGUGUGAGAACCUUCUUCAAACAGUCCAUGCAGAGUAUUCUCGCUUCCUCAAUCAAAUGAGCGCAAUGAUGCCGACACAACAAGGCUUUGCACAGCCUCCAGUGGUGAAUGGGAUGCCUCCUCAGCCUCCGUAUUACCCCCCUGCUGGGUACCAGCCAGGCUACCCCAUGUCUGUACCUCCACCUCAGCCCCAACCUGUCCCUCCACCUUACAUCGUCCCCCCUCCGAUACCUCCUGUUGCACCCACAGGCGUGCCCCACCAAUAUCCACUUCCGCCUGUCCACGCUCCAGCCCCCAGCCCUGCUUCAGCUCCAGUUCCAGGCACUAUGCCACAGACUCUGCCUCCUGUACCUUUUCCUCCAUCUGUGGUUGCACCUCCCAAAGUUCCACCUCCUGCUGCCGCAGCCAACCCACCACAGAAAAGACGCUUCACAGAGGAGGUGCCAGACGAAAGGGACAGCGGCCUGCUUGGAUACCAGCAUGGACCCAUUCAUAUGACUAAUUUAGGUGCAGGCUUCCCAGUGGGCAGCUCAGAGACAACCGGACCCCCACCACCGAGUUCCUCUGGCCCGCCGAGUGAGAGGGACGGUAGGCAACUAAUGCCUCCACCAACUUUAGCCAUGAACGGAGUGAGACCCAAGAUGGAGGAGAGACGGGCGCCCCAAGGCCCCAUGGAGCCAGCAGUGAAAAGAUUGAAAACAGGUUUGGUAGCAUACACCGGUGAUUCUUCUGAUGAAGAGGAAGACCACACCGCCUCAGGGCCAGGUAACCUUGGAGGAGUUCCGCCCACCUCCAACUCCUCAGGCUGGACACAGGGCUAUCGCUGCCCUCCUCCACCACCACCCCGUGCUAAAGCACAGCCACAGCAGCAGUCGAUGCCUUUCUGGAUGGCACCAUGAAGCAGGAAAACCUCACUCCCCUCAGUGCUUUCUACAGAGUCUUACAGGAUGUUCACCCAACGGAGCCCAUCUUUUUCCAGCACUCACCACAGGAAUGACUCUGUAGCUUUUGUUGGUCGCAGCAUUAUUUUAGUAUUCUGAUGUUAGAACGGAUACUUUUGGAAAGUGUACACACAUAGUUUGAAGAUGAAUAUUUGCAGGACCGAUACUCCAAACUAUUUUGUGGAUGUGUAGAUAGUCAGAGGAGAGACAUUCUGCCUCCAGUUUUAUUUUGAAUGGAAUGAUGACUCUUGCCGAGUGUCUUUGUAAAAACAAUUUCACAUGGCAAUGAUGUUGUACAUCACGGUGCCACUUUUGAUUUCACCCCAAAUGUCCUACUUUCUUCCCCGUUCCUCUCCUUCUUUCUGUCCAAGUCGGUGACACCAACCUUUCCCAUUCUGUUCUUUUGUACAGAUCCUAUUGGAGUAUAUGUAAGAAAAAGUGAUGAAUUUAUUUCAUGCUUUUAUGAAAUAAAUAAACUUAAUUUAUUGC